AUGAAAGCUGCUCGAUACUAUGGCAGGCGCGAUAUCAGGAUUGAGACAAUCCCUGAUCCACCACCCCCAGGCCCUAAUGAGGUGACCAUCGACGUCUACUGGGGCGGCAUUUGUGGUACUGACCUUCAUGAAUACACAUCGGGCCCUCUCACCAUAAACACGCCAGAUAAACCUCACGGUAUCACCAACGACCACAUCCCCGUCACGUUCGGUCACGAAUUCUGUGGUCGGGUCUCUGCGCUGCCCUCUGGAUAUCCUGAAGACGGACCCUUCAAGCUGGGAACCCCCAUCAUGGUCGAUCCACGGAUUGUCUGCCGGAAAUGCACCGCGUGCACGAGUGGGUGCGACAAUAUGUGCACCAAUUGGGGUUAUAUCGGCCUCAAUGGCGGCGGAGGCGGUGGCGCGGGCUUCAGCGAGAAAGUCAACGUUGAAAUGAGGAUGUGUCAUGCUCUCCCUGACGACGGAAGUGUUGAUCUGAAUAGCGUGGUGCUUUGUCAGCCUUUGACGGUCGGGCGACACGCGCUGUCAGCAAGCGGCAUCACCGAUUUUACGGGGUUGAACGUGCUUGUACUGGGGGGUGGCCCAGUGGGGUUGGCCGUCUUGCUCAAUCUGCGCGCAAAAGGGGUGGGCACUGGCCUCAGUGGGAGGGUGCUGGUCUCCGAACCCACGGCAAAGAGAAGUGAGAUGAUUCGACGACUAGGACUGGCAGCUCCGGACGAUCUUUUGGACCCGUCAGUCUCAAAUGUGGCAGAGAUAUGCAAGGCGAGGACCCAAGGGAGAGGAGUGGAUAUUGUGUUUGACUGUGCAGGCGCAAAGGCGGGUAUGCUCGCGGGCAUGGAAAGCUUGAAGCUGAAAGGAACGUACCUCAACAUCGCCGGUUGGAAGCAGCCGUUCGAGAUUCCGAUGCAGCAUGCUUUCUUCCGGGAGUUAACCACCAAGUUCUCCAUGGGGAACAACGAUAACGAUUACCGGGAAGUUGUGGAGGACUUUGUGGCGGGUAAGUUCGCUGGUGCUGAGGCUCUGAUCACGAGGAGACUUCCGGUCGAGGAGUUGGCCGAGAAGGGCCUAGAAGAGCUGGUGAGAAACAGGGAUGACCAUGUCAAGAUUGUUGCAACGUGGAGGAAAGAUCUCCUCAACCUGUAA